UAUAUUUUAUACUUCAUUCAGUAAACCGUACGUCCGUACCAAUUUUUAUAAUUUUCUUUUUUCAAUAUAAGUUUAAUAAAUGUUAGUUAUUUUUUGAUUAUUCUUUAUGAGUAUUAACUAAAAUAAUAUUAAGUAUUAACGGUUUGUAUCGCUUUCGUGAUGAAAAUCACUCAGGUGCUGUACAAACAAAACAUCGGUCGUCUUAUAAAAUGGCAAUGGCGUGUUCAACGCAAGAAGACACUAAUUGAAACAAAUGCCGAAAAAGUUCUUACAUCUCGUAGUAUACCUAUUAUAGACGCCAAGCAGUUUUUACAUGAACCGUUAUUUGAAGCACAAAAACAAGAUGUCAAAGAGAUAUUUAACAAUAUUGUUGGACCCAUCAAAUUGGAACCUAAAUUAAACAACACACAUCCGCUAUGGAAUGAUGACCCGUGUCUUGUGUAUGGAGACCAUAACGUUUUGGUUCAUGGGCUGGAACAAGCUAAAGUUUUCACCAAUGCAAUAGAACCAGAACCUGGCUUACCGAAGUACUUUAAAGAACUUUAUGAAGCGUAUAGAUUACCUAAUCAAGAUGAACACAUCCAACGAAUCAUCAUAGCGUCUAUUUUAUAUGAUGCAGUCCAAGAGAAAUUACCCAUCAGGAAAGAUCCAAAAAGACCUGCAUGGAAGUUCCCUAGGGAUUAUGGUAUCCCAGACAAAAGACGUAAUAAUCUAAUCGUCAGUAGGAUGUUGCAAUUAUGUGAGUCAAGUGUUGGAAAUAUGAGUUCCAAUAAAGUAAUAGAAAGAUGUUUUUUUAAAGUGCCUUUGCAAAGAAAUGCAAAUAUAAGCCUUAAUUUAAGGGCUGAUUUAUUGCUAUUAUCUGACACUUCUUUACCUCCUGUCAUGGAUGACAUUCAAGGAGACCUGCCAGAUUUAUCUCCAUUGGAUUACAAGAUAUCAUUAGAUGAAAUUAACAUUUAUCAUAAAGAUGAGUUUAUUUCACCUAUUACAGGUAAAUUUAACAACGUUCAUACAGCAUUUAUACAUUAUAAUGAAACGGAAGUCAAGAAUUUAUACGAAACACCUGUGUUAGAAACACAAAUAAUGGGAAGAUCAUUGAUGAAAUGUUAUGCUUUUGCUGUUGCCAAUGCCAAAUCUAAAUAUGGUGAAAAUGUUAAAGAGUUACCAGAACCUAUUACAUUACAAUGUGUUCAAACAAAUUCACAAUGGUUCCAUUUUUCUAUUUUCCAAUUGAAUAGUUUGGACGGUCCUGAAGAAAAUGGGAUGAAAAAUAUUUAUUGGCAAACACCAUUGUUAAAUCUGUAUAAAAAAUGUGUUUUUGAUGAAGGUGUACCAGUUCUAGACGAUUACAAUCCAGAAGUAUUCAAAAAUGUUUUGUCCUUUUAUAUGAAUGGUACUGAAUAUGAGAUCAAGUAGUUUAUAUUAGUUUUAUAUAUAAUUUUCUUACAAUAAAUGUAUUAGUUUGUUUGAAAGUA